GCAGCUAUAAGUUCUGAUAAUAUUACAAAUUAUAUCGAACUUGAAUAUUCUGAAGGCUCUACUAAAUCAAAUCCUAAAAAACAUAAAUAUUCUGCUAAAAGCAAUCGCUCAAAGAAACAAUGCUUAAGAUUUAAAAAAAAACUUAACCUAGUUUGUGUAUAUAUUGAUGAACUAAGUGACGAGCUUAGUGACAAAGCUUUUAAAGUUUGCAAAAUAUGCAAUAAUAAGUGGGCUAAAAGAACAUCAAUUUCAACUAUAAAAA